CGUCCCGGCCUGCCCCGGAAAGGCAGGCAUUGCCGCUAUGUCGGUCCCGUUACCGGAGGGGAGCGGCGGCGAAGCGGCCAUGGAGGGCGGCGAGGAGCUCAGCCGCGCCGCAGCCCCCCCGCUGCCCAACCUCACCCCCCGGCACCGGCAGCUCAUCCCCACGCCCUGCGGUCCCAUAAAGCCCUGCUCAGAGCUAUCGUUUCCUGUGAAGAUCUACUUCUGUGUCACCAUUUUGUCACUGCUGAGUGUCAUAGGGCUAACCAUAGAGACACUCGUCCAACAGACUGAGGAAGAUUUCACCAUUUCUCUCAUUCAGUUAAUUGGAGUUGUGUUCUGUGUGUACUAUGUGACCAGAGGAAUCCUGCAGGAGAACCGCCAGGAGCUCAUUGUCUUUGUCCUCUCCAUCUUGCUUGUGAUGUUCCGUUCCAUUGUCAACUUCACAGUUCUCUCUGCUGAGCAGAAGCCCAAACUCCUGGCUCGCUUCAUUCUGAUCCUUUUGGUUGGCUCCUUUGAUGUCAUCUGUGCCAUCAUCCUCAUCCAGAGUCAAAGCAUGAUGGCCUUUAGAGUGGGGGGUGCUCUAGAAAGCCUCCAGUCACAAUACUUCAUGCUGAACCUCUGCUUUUCCAUGCUGACCUUUGAUCUUCAGGCACAGCUCUGCUUGUGUGUUCUGCUGAUAAGCCUACAUGAGAUCACCCUUCUACACAACAUCAUCUCUGCUACAGGGGUUCUUUGGGCCUGCCUGAAGGUGACCAUCAGCAUCAUUGCAAUUUUAAAAGAACUGAAACCUCUGGUGUGGAUUUUUAUGAGCCAGAAUGUACCUGAAGUAGUUUACCUCAUCUACCUGCUUUACACGGUGAUAAAGGAGUGGGGCAAAGGGAACUCUUACACUCUGGAAGCUGCUUUUAUUAUUGGCUCUUGCAUUUCUGUUGCAAUAAAAUCUGUUUUGUUUUGGGCCCUGAUUCAUGUCUACCGCAGCUUUGGGCAGGGGCUGAGAGAAAGAAUGUUUUCUUCCUAUGGAAGGAUCGACUCCUGAGCAUCCCCCUGGUGCUGUGGCUGCAGCUCUUAGGGUAGAAUCAGAGCUGGGGAAGCUCUGAUCAAGGACUCACAUUCAGGAUGUAAGAUAAUGGGUCAGUUUCAGAGGAGGGGAAGUUGCUCAGAAAAAUGUCUAUACAUUUCUUGGUCUGUAUUGUGCUAGAGCAGUGCAGCUGGUAACAGUUUAAAAAGAAAAGUGCACUGGGAAAUUAACAGUAAUCCUCUCAAUUCAAUGAGUUUUGCUGACAGGACAAUGCAUCUUUCACUCCUUAUUUUCCUGAUGUUGCUUUAUAACCACAGGAGGUUCACAACAUGCAUGUGAGUAGAGACUAUUGUUAACAUAAAUGCUUUUUUUUUCUGGAUAUACACAAACAUAAUGAAAAUAACACACCCAUCUUUACUCCUGAGUCUGGAAGCACACUGCCCUGCCAUCAUGUCUCAACUCAGACCUGUUACUGAAGAGUUCCAGCCCAAAAUUGCCUUGAGGGCAACUCUCCACAAUGGCUUUGUGAUGGCUUCACUCCAGCAGAAUGACUCCUUGGACUUCAGAACACUGAAAUGUCUUUUUUUUUUUUUUUUGAAAACUACAUAAUGUCAUCUCAUGCCUUCCCAUAGUCUAACUAACCAAUGUGCCAUUUCAAAAUCAAAGGUGACUUAAAAUAAGCCUUUAAUACUGUAAUUUCAAAGUUUGGUAUUUUAUUGAUUGGAACCUUUAACUACUGGCUGUCUAUUUUUUAAUAAAAUAUAAAUGCAGUUUG